AUGCCGCUUUUUUUUCAGGAGUUUAAGGGAAACUCAGACCAGUCCUCUAUCGUCCGUCACUGGCUGAAGCCUCACAUGUACGUUACAGACCUUCUUUGGUACCCGACAUCUUAUGUUGGUCAAUUGUGUUUGAAUGUCGAGAUAUAUGGAUGCCGCGCUAGCGACAUAUCCAUGUUGACCUCGUUUUCAUCGAAGCAAAGGCAGCGAGAAGGUAAGACUUAUUAAAACUGUGAAGUUAAAAGUAUAUCAAAGACUUUCAAGAUUUUCUCUACCCCUUUUCAUUCUCGUGUGUCUCGAUGAUGGUAAAAUUUAAUUGACCAUUAAAAUUGAACAUGUCAUUUUUUUGCAGAACCCAUUCGCUGUAAUCUGACCAAACAGCCUGGUAAUUGUAGGGCUUCAUUUCCCAGAUGGUUUUUUAACAGGAAAACUAAACAAUGUGAACCGUUUAGUUAUAGUGGAUGCAAUGGAAACCUCAACAACUUUUUGUCUGAAUAUGACUGUUGGAAAGGAUGUCAAGGUAAAUGACAUGCCAGGCUAGUAAAUGCAUUUGUGGUUAUUGACCACAACUUGUUGGUAUAGUAAACAAAAAAUUUACGAAAGAUCUUAUGAUUUCACACUCAUAAGAACCUCAAGGCUUCUAAAUACCCGAUCUCGGGGGGCAUAUCCAGUAGAUUUCGGAUAACGACAAAUUUAAACCUUCAGUUGCUUCGGUAACUGUUACUGUUAAUGAUUAACACCUUAUUCAAUUAAAUUGCAAAUACCGGAUAUUACAUUUCUAGUGUUCUGAUUGGUUCAGUCAACUGAUUGUCAGCUAUUAGCCGAGCAAACGGCAAACAAAUGCAUAUCAGUUUUCGCGUUUGCUUAAUGGUGGCGCUUGUUUAUAUGUGCUGAAUCAUCAGUUGUGGGAAAUGAUUCACGUAAGGGUUUUGGCUGUAAGCGAACGCUUCACCCGUGCAUUGGAAAUAAAGUAAAACAAAUAUUAGUCAAUGUCAUCUCGGGAACGAAAGUGCGAAGGUUGCAAAAUAGGUUGUAACAUUAUUGAAAGCUACGUAUCUCUGAACUUUCAACUACAAAUUUUGCAUUUAACAUGACUGUUUUAUGAUCUAGAAAAAAGUAUAACGCUGUCACAAAAGAAAACAUUUUCAGGUUGACUUGAAACUUUUGCCUCGAUAUUUCCAGGCUCUAUCAGAACCGUUAGUUACAAAAGUUCACCCUUGAAGUCUUCUCGAGUAGCCGUAAUAUUGGUUUCUUCCGUUCCCUACGGCACAGCUAAACAUUUGUAAAUGUGUGCAAAAGGAUAAGCUAGAAAUUUCACAAAUUGAACCUAAUACUUACCUCAGAAAGUUUAUAAAGUUUGGAGCGAGAAAUUGCGUUCAGGAUAUAUUUCAGCUAAAGAUGUCCUGAUCCCAUCCUUUGUUCGGUUCAAGUUAAAUAAAAUUCUCGAGUAAACUGUGCACAACUUCGUCAACUGAUGUUUGUGCAACAAUGGUAUCACCUACAGAAAACAUGAUCUCGUUAUAACCGGAUUGUCCGUGAUUAGGAGAUUAAGUCUAGAUGGGUUUUGUUCUCUGGGGCCGAGAUUUAGUGCCUGUUGUCUAUAUUAGAAAAGUUCCCCUUUUCACAGUUUUUUUUUUUGGAAGAAAAGUGUUGAAGGACACGAGAAACUGGCCGAGAUUGAUAGGUGUCCGUAUGACAAGAGUAUCCUUACGGACAGGCUCGACACUGUAUUUUUCACCCUCUCAAUGUUUGCAGCAUUUAAAGAUUGCAAGAAAAGGUGUGAUGCUCCUUUCUCUCGCUGCGUAAACAACAACAGAAGCGAAGAGGAAUGCGAAUGCAUUCAGGAAUGUCCUAAAGUGAUGAAAGAAGUUUGUGGCUCAGAUAAUGUGACGUAUGACAACGAAUGUCUGUUGAAGAAAGCAGCCUGCAAAAAAAACACUGAAAUAAAGAUCAAGGAAAAAGGAUCCUGUACAGGUAUGUAACCAAGCUGUUUGGUGUGGCAUAUUCAGGGCGGCCUACAGCAGACACGAAAGGAACAACCUGAGUUAUAAUUUUCAAGACAUUUUAAAAAAAAAAGUGACGCUAAUUUACAGCGAAUGAGAUGAUUUUAAAAAAAGCUGACAUCCAUACAUUGAAUUAAGGCUCAAUGCUUACUGUAAAAGAGAAGAAAGGAAAAGAAACCCAUGACCCAAUAAGCCAAGCAUUAUUUAAAGAUUACUAACCUCCCUGGUCCGGCCCCAGCCGCCAUGACUAACGACAAAUGUUGUGUAGCUUGUUCUAUUGUGGAUGCUUGAUGUCACUAGCAGCGGCAGUACAGCUUUUUUUAUUUAUAUACCUCUUCUCUAACUAUCCCAGUAUUCUUUUUCCCUUUCCACGCGCAGCCUCACAACUUUUCCUCGUAGAUCCCAUAAAAUCGCUAGCAAAGUGGGUUACUGUAAUUUGACCUCCCCCCUCAAUUUCUGACAUUUUGAAAUUAAACAAUUUUCAUCAAAAACACCACGGGUGUAUGAAAAGUCCUCAGCCUAACACGAUAGUUCUAAGACGCUAGCCCAGGACCCUCCUUGUUUGAAAAAUUCUGUCCUCCUUUCUUACAUCACUUUACACUGCAUUACAACUGAGUUCGAUUUUAUUCCUUAGCAACUUGUAUGUCAUCACUGGGAUUGGAAAAUAGACAAAUAAGAGACAAGCAGAUCUCGGCAUCCUCAGAACUCGACAAGCAUCACACCGCCAAACAGGGAAGGGUUUCCCUGAUAAGUUCUCCUCAAGACAGGUAAACGAUGGGGUUAGGGUUAGUCCUCUUUUAGGCGAGAAAGAUUUGUCUUAAUACACUGUAAUUAAAUGUUUUUUAAGAACUACCGAGAAAUCUUGGAAAAAGUGAUUUUUCGUUCGAGGGUUCGAGUUUUUCGGCUAGAGCGAGGGUUCAAGCUUGCGAAGAUCGCAAUAAAUUUAUUGACGAAAUUCAUGGAAUAUUAAUAUUAGUUUGGGUUAGCAACGGGCCUGGCUAAUCAGGGAUCAAAAGCAUUUUGCAGCGAAUCAAAUAUCAUGGAAAGUAAUAUCUGUUGCUGUCUUGCCUCCAGCUCCUGGUGCAGUGCUUCAACCCUUGACAUGGGCACACAAUAUCUACAAGUGGAUUUGCUGUCAGUCCAUGCUCUGUCAGGGUUUUCUACCCAAGGCGCCGUCACAGAAAAGUUUUGGGUUAGCAGAUAUCUGGUUCGUUACAGCUUGGAUGGUACUGACUGGAUAUUAAUCGAAGAAGCAGAAGAAACUUACAAAAACCCUAUCGAUGGAAGAAGCAAGGUGACUCUUAGAUAAUUUUAUGUUCAAUUACCUAAUAGUUAACCUUUCACAUCACACUCAAAUAUAGCCAUUACCACUCACUACAGACAUGAUUUCGUGAGUCCUUUAGUAAGAAAGCCUAAAUAACUCCUCUCACAAAAAACCUUAUAACGUAUCUGCUUAAAAUUGAAAUGAAAACUGUUUACUUGAGUCUUGAGGUCAAUCUGUGGUUCUUCGGUGAAUGUUAAGCCUUGUCAGGACUUCUCUGUGAAACGGGCUCCGAUGUUGCUAUUUUUUGCGUGAAUUUGUUCAUUCUUCCUAGAAAGUGUUCGCGUGUAAAAGACAUUCAACUGACUACAAGUAAUUUAUUGAUUCAUCAAAACAGAAAACUUUAAAGAUGGAGAAAAACCCAUUCAUUUAAACGUUAGAUCAUCAUUGUGCGACAUUGACCAACUGAAGUUCUUUUUCAAAUCUAAAAGCAAUUUCAGGGAAAUACGAACCAGUCCUCUAUCGUCUAUUACUGGCUGAAGACUCGUCUCGAUGCUCGUUUCGUUCGUUUCUCUCCUACCUCUUUUUUCGGUCAGCGGUGCAUGCGUAUAGAGCUUUACGGUUGCAAAAAGUCACACGUAUACCCGGAUGAAGGUAAGAUUUCUUACAAUUUGUGUGGAUGAAUUGUUAAUAAAUGUUUUUGACAGAUCAGUUUACCAUUUGGAAUCUUAAACGCAGUCAGUGCCAUUGUUCUGAAAAUAGUAUAGACAGUGAUGGAAAUUAUAUUUGUUCUAGAGCACCUGUCUCCUCAAAGUAGCGACACUGGCCAAUUCUCUCCACCCGAAAAUAAAACUUUAUCUUUUCCCUAAACCUUUGUGGUUUUCAAAGAUAGCGAGAAUUUUAAUUUGCUUGUGUUGACGAUUUACAUUUUUACAAGCUCCAGCAGUUCCCAGAUGUUCUAAGUUUAAAAGUUUUUAUUACAUUGUCACCUCUCAGGCUGCAAGGGAAUGUGUUCUGCUCCGUUUUCUCGCUGCGUGAAGCACAAAGGAAACGAAAGAAAAUGCGAGUGCAUUCAGGAAUGCCCUAACGCUGUAAAACAAGUUUGUGCCUCGGAUAAUGUGACAUAUGACAACGAGUGUCUGUUGAAGAAAACAGCUUGCGAAAAGGGAGAAGAACUAACUUUGGUGAAAAACGGAAACUGUGCAGGUAUU